GCGGGGAUCGGGGUGGUGGGGGGCGGGGAGAUGAACGCUGCAGCCAGCAGCUACCCCAUGGCCUCCCUGUACGUGGGUGACCUGCACUCGGACGUCACCGAGGCCAUGCUGUAUGAAAAGUUCAGUCCUGCGGGGCCUGUGCUGUCCAUCCGGGUCUGCCGUGAUAUGAUCACCCGCCGAUCCCUGGGCUAUGCUUACGUCAACUUCCAGCAGCCGGCUGACGCGGAGCGGGCUCUGGACACCAUGAACUUUGAUGUGAUUAAGGGAAAGCCAAUCCGAAUCAUGUGGUCACAAAGGGAUCCCUCUUUGAGAAAAUCUGGUGUGGGAAAUGUCUUCAUCAAGAACCUGGACAAAUCCAUAGAUAACAAGGCACUUUAUGAUACUUUUUCUGCUUUUGGAAACAUUCUGUCCUGCAAGGUGGUGUGUGAUGAGAACGGCUCUAAGGGUUAUGCCUUUGUCCACUUCGAGACCCAAGAGGCUGCCGACAAGGCCAUCGAGAAGAUGAAUGGCAUGCUCCUCAAUGACCGCAAAGUGUUUGUGGGCAGAUUUAAGUCUCGAAAAGAGCGGGAAGCUGAACUUGGAGCCAAAGCCAAGGAAUUCACCAAUGUUUAUAUCAAGAACUUUGGGGAAGAAGUGGAUGAUGAGAGUCUGAAAGAGCUAUUCAGCCAGUUCGGUAAGACCCUAAGUGUCAAGGUGAUGAGAGAUCCCAGUGGGAAAUCCAAAGGCUUUGGCUUUGUGAGUUACGAAAAACAUGAAGAUGCCAAUAAGGCUGUGGAAGAGAUGAAUGGAAAAGAAAUAAGUGGGAAAGUCAUCUUCGUAGGCCGUGCACAGAAGAAAGUGGAACGGCAGGCUGAGUUAAAACGGAAAUUUGAGCAGCUGAAACAGGAGAGAAUUAGUCGAUAUCAGGGGGUGAACCUUUACAUUAAGAAUUUGGAUGACACCAUUGAUGAUGAGAAGCUAAGGAAAGAGUUUUCUCCUUUUGGGUCAAUCACGAGUGCUAAGGUGAUGCUGGAGGAUGGGAGAAGCAAAGGGUUUGGCUUCGUCUGUUUCUCAUCUCCCGAAGAGGCAACCAAAGCAGUCACUGAGAUGAAUGGACGCAUUGUAGGCUCUAAGCCACUGUAUGUUGCCCUGGCCCAGAGGAAGGAAGAGAGAAAGGCUCACCUGACCAACCAGUACAUGCAGCGGGUGGCAGGAAUGAGAGCACUCCCUGCCAACGCCAUCUUAAAUCAGUUUCAGCCUGCAGCUGGUGGCUACUUUGUGCCAGCAGUUCCACAGACUCAGGGAAGACCACCAUAUUACACACCUAACCAACUAGCACAGAUGAGGCCUAAUCCACGCUGGCAGCAAGGUGGGAGACCUCAAGGCUUCCAAGGAAUGCCAAGUGCUAUACGCCAGUCUGGGCCUCGUCCAACUCUUCGCCACCUGGCUCCAACUGGGUCUGAGUGCCCGGACCGCUUGGCUAUGGACUUUGGUGGGGCUGGUGCCGCCCAGCAAGGGCUGACUGACAGCUGCCAGUCUGGAGGUGUUCCCACAGCUGUGCAAAACUUAGCACCUCGGGCUGCCGUAGCUGCUGCUGCUCCUCGGACUGUGGUACCAUAUAAAUAUGCCUCCAGCGUCCGCAGCCCUCAUCCUGCAAUGCAGCCUCUGCAGGCCCCACAGCCUGCAGUCCACGUGCAGGGACAGGAGCCCCUGACCGCCUCUAUGCUGGCUGCAGCACCCCCACAAGAACAGAAGCAGAUGCUAGGAGAACGUUUGUUUCCACUUAUCCAAACAAUGCAUGCAAACCUUGCUGGAAAGAUUACGGGAAUGUUGCUGGAGAUUGACAACUCUGAGCUGCUACACAUGCUGGAGUCUCCCGAAUCUCUCCGCUCAAAGGUGGAUGAAGCUGUGGCGGUUCUACAGGCUCAUCAUGCCAAGAAAGAAGCUGCCCAGAAAGUGGGCGCUGUUACUGCUGCUACCUCUUAGACAAGGAAAUAAUGAUUCAAAAGCCAAAUAAAACCCCUCCUGGAUUUCAGCUCGUUUGAAGACUUGUAGCUUGUCCUAUGGACCUCAACAUCAAGAACCACAAAUUGCAAAUUUAAUAGGUCAUUUUGUAUCAAAAGGUCAAUUAUGAAACACCUAGAAUUUUUCAAUUAUACAAAUAUAUUCUCUGGGUUUUGACAUAGCCCAGAUAAUGUUAACUUUUUUUUUUUUCUAUUGUGGGUUUUGAUUUUUUUCCCCCAGAAAUUGGUUUUAUUUGAUGUACCCAAGUCUUAAGUUUCUCAAUAAAGAA